AUGCAAUGCUAUGAGUAUCCCACGGUAUGGCAGGAAGAUGCGCUUGAAGAGCUAGAGAACAAUGCCAUCCAGUUUACACAAGCCCAAGCCCAGACCCAGGCCCCACGAUACCAACCUCCUCCUUCCUCCGACUAUGGUGACGAGUUUGAUGAUGAAGAUCUGGACGAUGCCAUUGUAGUUGACGAGUCUCGAAGUACGCCCGCCUUGACCCAUUACCCCCAUCGAAGCAUCCCGGGCCAAGCGUCCCAGCGAGAACAUCUGCGCCCCUUUCCGCACGGUAAUACGAAUCACAUCUUGGCCAAUCGACAAUGCCCGAUUCCUCCUACUGAUUCCAAUCAACCUCUGCCCAGCCAUCCCGUUCGAUCCCACACGCAGUCUCGAGCUGCGGUUCCUGAGGAUGAUUCCCUGCGAGUCGAGCAAGGAAGCGCUGCCCAAACGGAAGCCAACUCGGAAGUGGAACGACUAAAGCGGAUGGUCGAGGAGUUGAGGAAAGAAACAAACAGUCUCAAGAAUGAAGUCAACGCUAAAGCCGGAGAAAUUUCUAUCGUAAGAAGCAAACACGAGACCACGGUCAAGGAAUACGAGCGAGAAAUCGCAGCGCAACGCAAGCUAGGCGAGGAAAAACUGGCAAAGCAACAAAAGGCUCUGGAGGCCGCCCGGAUCGCCGAGAAGAAUGCUGCCACCGAGAGAGACUUCAUCAAACGGGAUUUGGCCGAGGAGACCGAGAGGGUACGGAAGCUGAACAAAGCAAGGGAAGUGGAGAGGAAAGUAAGCGAUUUGACGACGACUCCAAAAAAGAAAAAGGCUCUCCCCCAUCGAGAUGGAUUCGAUGAUGAUGAGAUGGAUAUCUUGUCACCAUCUAGGAUAUCCCCAUCGAAGUUUCAGAAACGAAAUACUCCAUCCAAGCCAGGAAAAAGGAAACGCAAAACUGUCGAAAGUCCGGCCGGUGCUUUACAUGUUAUCCAUCCAGAGGAGUCUUCAUCCACGGACCCGGGUCAACAGGCCCCCGUACUUGACGAAGCUCUAAUAGCAAGAUUAGCAGUCCAAGAUGAAAGAUUCGAUUUUCUUGGAAUUAUGCUAGAUCAUCGCAUCGACGGCAAGAACUUGCGCACCUUCGAGGAACUAGGCAAGCAUGCAUAUCCAUCUGCUCCCAGCGAGUCAUUUCAGUCUAUCAUACUAUGCAAAGUUCCAUCUCUGGGAUUUAAGAAGCUAUCUAAAGAUCUUGAAAUCGAUUUUUGCGAGCUUCUUAUCUCUAUGUGGACCAGAUGUAUGGACGAGGAAUACUACGAACCGAUGUAUUUAUUCAUGGCUAUGUUGACGUCUGCUUUGGAGCUCAACACAUCGUCAAUUGCUCCCUUCAUCAUCGACACAUUGCUACCAAUCACUCAGCGAACUGCUGACCGCGUUGCUAUCCCUCGAUUCAACAGGACAGCAUACGACGAUAGGAUCGAUUGCACUACGUGUAUGUCUCUCAUGUAUCUCGCCGCUCAAGGCUGCAUGUCCAGCCAGGAACAUAUACUUCGCUUCUGGAAGCUGAUGCGCUGGGACCUCGUCCUAUUUAUGCUCAGUCCUAACCAGGGCCCAACGGAUGUCGAGUUGAUGCUGGAUCUCUUGUCAACGAGUAUUAUGAAAGACAGCUUCGGAGCAUUCCCCGGCGAUGAAACAAUGCAUAAUCAGCCAGGUUAUAUCAUCGAUCGAAUCUCUUUCUGCUUCACCGAGAUACCGAGAAAGGUUGUUCUUGCCACCAAAUGGGAAGCUCCGAACAAGCCAAUUAUUGGCGAAAAGUGGGCUGCUAGUGAUAUAUCGCAUCUGCAGAUUCGAUCUCUCCUUCUUCUUAUUGGAAUGACCCGUUCUCCCUACGCCAGUAACGCUCUGGCCGCUCAUCAGCAUCUGCUUGGGAAGCUAGUGUCUCUCAUAAGCGACGAAAUGGAUAGUCUGUACGAUUAUCAAUCUGGCCGUGAAGACAGUGCCCGAAUUGUGACGCUAGCUACGCGACUGCUGUAUUAUAUUGUAACGAAGUACGAAAAUCUCGACCUUCAGAAGAAACUAUCCACCAUACCUGGCGGCUGCCAGAAAUACCUCCUCUGCCUCUCCAGGCUAAACUUCUCAGAAGACGACCUCGUCCUGGAAUCCGGUAUCGAGCCCGACGUCGCGGGUCUUGCCUUUGAGCUACUCGGUUUACGUGUCACACUCGAAGAAGGCGACGCUAUCCAUGACGCCUUCUCAAGCUCGUGA